AUGUAUUUUGUUAGGUACUCUCUCAUUCGGACAUUUGGCCGCAGUGUUAUCCGUCGAUUUGGCGGGAACGUCUCCGGGCUGAAGAAGCCAGCUGCUCGAGAUUUCGAGCAGCUUCUGAAGUGCGCACUUCCGGUCUUCGAGGGCCUUCUACCCGAACCGUACAACACCACUGUCCUUGAUUUGCUUUUUGAGCUAGCCAUGUGGCACGCCUACGCCAAGCUCGCUCUACACACACAAACGACGCUCGGAGCAUUUCAAGCUGUUAUGGUGUCCCUCGGCAAGGCGAUGCGUGCGUUCAUCCGAAAUGUUUGCCCUUUCUACGACACAAAGGAGCUUCCGAGGGAGACGCAAUCGUGUCAACGUCGCAAGGCAGUCGCCGCUCAGAAUGCCCCCGGACGACAUGCGGACCACUCUCAGGUUGGCUCAGCCGCGAAGGUGAAGACGCUCAACAUCAAUACAAUCAAGUAUCAUCGUCUCGGCGACUAUGUUCGCAUGGUUUGCCGUACGGGAACAUCGGACAAUGCAAACACUCAAACCGUGAGUGGUGUUGCGAUUUUUCGGUCUGCCCACAUGUGCUCUCGAUCAAAACGGCGGUCGACUCACAUCUCGCAUCAUCUCCAUACGCUGAAUGCAUGA